AUGGAUGCCAUCGUGUGUAUACAGCUCAUCUUCCACCAGAGAUCUGCUGGUGGGAUGUACAAUCCUCAUACAAGUAGAGGCAAAGUAGUUGUGUACGAUAUGGAAGGAAAACCCACACAGGGUGUAGAACACAGCAGCAGAGAAAGCACACAGGGUGUAGAACACAACAGCAGAGAAAUCACAUUGUAUAGCUAUCCUUGUUAUAUAACAGACAACAGGAACGGCGACAUUAUUGUGUCUGAUUAUCCAGGCGCUGUAGUGGUGACAGAGCGCGGAGGGAGACAUCGAUUCUCCUACACAGGACCUCCAUCAGGUUCAGGGCUAACUCCACGUGGAAUCUGUACGGACGCUCUGUCACACAUCCUGGUGUGUGAUGAGAACACCCACACAGUACAGAUGAUUGACAAGGAUGGUCACUUCCUGUUUCUGUUACUGACACGACAACACGGGAUAAACGGACCAUACAGCCUGCACUAUGAUGAUAAAACUCACCUUCUCUGGGUCGGAUCAGAGAAGACCAACACAUUAUCCCUAGAUAGAUACAUCCAAAGAAGAGAUCCUUUGACGGGUAAGUAA